AUGAUGUCGUUCAAGAGGGCCUUGGUCUUCGCCAUAUUCUUCAUAACCGCCUUCGUCAUUAUUCGGCGGGCACAUACAUCCCUUAACGAGCCCAAUCCCGUGCGCCGACCACCCCCCAAGCACGCAGAUUCCGACAACGCUAGAUCUGGAGCGUCGCACAAUGCGCCAUCGACCUCGAAUCCCUCGGGCGCCGAUGUUCCUCUGCGAGACCAGCCUGUACCUGCCCAGAAGGCCAUCCACGAUACGUCCAAGAUGUCGCUAUACGACAAGCUGGCCUACCAGUAUCCGUACGAUGUCGAGACCAAGUUUCCAGCCUAUGUCUGGCAGACAUGGAAGUACACUCCUGCGAGCGCAGAGUUCCAGUUCCGGGAUCAGGAAGCUUCUUGGACCGAACAACACCCUGGCUUUGUUCACGAGGUCAUCACGGACCAGGUCGCGGUUCACCUGCUCAGGCUCCUAUAUGCCGCGGUCCCAGAAGUGCUCGAUGCAUAUGACGCUUUGCCCGAACCUGUCUUGAAGGCAGACUUCUUCCGCUACCUGAUCUUGCUGGCACGCGGCGGCAUCUACUCGGAUAUCGACACCGUCGCCCUCAAAAGCGCCUUGGACUGGCUUCCGGAUGCUCUGCCCAAGGAGAGUAUCGGGCUGGUGGUUGGUAUCGAGGCUGACCCCGAUCGACCUGACUGGAAGGACUGGUACAGUCGCCGGAUUCAGUUUUGCCAAUGGACAAUCCAAGCGAAACCUGGCCACCCCGUCUUGCGCGACAUCGUCUCGCGUAUCACUGCCGAGACUCUGAGGAGGAAGCGCGAUGGGGUGUUCGUCUCCAGGGACAAGAGUGUCGUCGAGUUCACGGGGCCUGCUGUCUGGACUGACACCGUCUUCGACUAUUUCAACGAUGCACGUUAUUUCGAUAUGAGGCAUAGCCUAGGUAACAUCACGUACUUGAAUUUUACGGGCAUUGAGAUCCCCAAGAAAGUGGGCGAUGUCGUUGUUCUCCCCAUCACCAGCUUCUCUCCUGGUGUCGGACAGAUGGGUGCGAAGGACUAUGACGAUCCGAUGGCAUUUGUCAAGCACGAUUUUGAAGGCACUUGGAAACCCGAGCACGAACGACAUAUUGGUGCCAACGGCUAG